AUGACUACCCAGAGAUUUCCCCUCCAUCGCCUACCGGAUGAUCUCCGUUCAGAAGUCCUGAAAACAAUGGACCUCCAUGAAAUAAUCGCCUACUCAUUCGUUUCAAAGAAGGCCUAUUCGAUGGUUAAAUCUCUUCGUAUACCGAUUGGGGAUGUUGAAACAACACUGAAGGCAUCGCCGGAAAUAAAAAUAUCCAUCGGUCUCAUGUCGCUUAAUUACGAGUUGAAAAUCUACGAAAACGACCGAAGAAGGAUGGAACUGAAUAAAGUUCCUGUAAAUGUGAAAGUUGAGUUAAAACGAUCUUCGAUUCUGGAUCCGGAAACAUCAACUAUGUCAAAUCAAGGAAAGAAUAUGGGAGAGUGGAUUCAACAUCUCUGCUCGAUUUUCCAACACGUGAUGCGUCUUCAUAUCGAAUUUCUCAUUGGAGAUUUAUGGAGAUUAGACAUCGAAACACUUCUGAACACUUUCCCAACACCCAGGAGUUACAGUAUCGUAUGCGACGAAAAUGAAUCAAACAAGUAUAACAUUCGAUAUGCUCGAAACGUGUUCAAAGCUUUUCCUGAUGUUCAGUUUAUCCUAUUGUUUGAUGUCCCAUUUGAUGGGAGACUAUCUUUUCAACACUUCGGAAAGGUGAAUAGAAAAGUUUUGGGUUUAUAUUUCGUUCCCAAUCUGAAGCUUGAAGAUCUUCUAACAUUGAAUGUUGAACGAAUACACCAAUAUGAUUAUCAAUGGUCGCUUCGUGAUUUGAAUCGUUUCUUCAAAUUGUGGAUGAAGGGAUCCAAUCCGAAGUUGAAGAAAUAUGAAUUGUUUGCUCACGAAAUGGGAAUUUCUUGGGCGGACCAAUGGAAUGUUCUGGUGAAAGGAUUACAAGCAGAAGAAGUGGUGGAAGCAGGACACACGGAUGAAAAUCGUGUAAAAAAGAAGUUCAGAAUUCGAAAACAUAGGGUUGGCGCUGAAAUCGAAGUUGAAUGGACGGCAACAACUAUGGAGGUCAAAUUCAAUACUUUGAAUUAA